AAAUAAAACAGAAACAUUGCACUUUCCUUUCUUCGAUUUCUCCCAUUUUCCCAAAAUUGAAAGAGUUAUAGCUAUGAGGGCACGGUCAUCUAAACCCUAGAUUUCAUCCUGAAAGUUAAUCGUAGUACUAUGGUGAAGAGGAGCUACGGCGAUGGAUAUCAUAUUUCUCCGUUGAAAUCGAAGAGAUUUUCUGGAAACAAUUCAGCGAUCGUGACUUGUGAAUGGCGUCGUCUAAAAAGCCAAUUGUGAAGGUACAAGAGGAAAACCGGGUAGCACAGGAGGAUCAUCCAGCAAAGGUCAUCGAAUGGGAGGAUUACGAGCAGGAGCUCGCUCGUUUAUACAGUUUGACCUCCGCACUUGAGGAAGCCAAGACUAAGAAAUUGGUACUUGAAGAGAAGCUUCAGUCGUGGAUACAAAUAGAAUCUGAGUCAUUAAGUAGGUCGAAUGAGCUUGAUCAGAUGCGUGAGAAAUUGGAACAUCGUAAGUUGUUGAUGGGGAAGAUGUCUAUGCGUUCCAAGGUUGUAAAAGAGAAGGUCAGAAAGCAGGAGGAACGACUUAGUGGUGAAAUUAGAUCUCUUUUGAUCGGUGGAAGUUCUAUUUCUGUGGCUAACAAACGCAUGCAGGACUCAAGUAGAUUACUUGCUGGAGAAAAAGGUUAUGGUCAUUUGAAAAAUUUGCAGAAAUCAUUGAGAUUGAGGCAGCAGUAUAUGGUCACACAGGUCACCUUGCUAUAUCCAGUAAAAGUUGUGGUCAGAAAAUCAUCUGAGCAAGAACUUGAAUCAUUUCGUAGUAGUAUUAAGUCAGGUGUCCCUGAUGGAUCAAAACCUCUCGACCAGGGCACAUUGACUAUCUCAGGACUGCACCUCACUGUGGUCUCUUUUACGAAGAUGAGUUUUUUUACCGACAAGAAGGAGGUUCAGCGAUCAUCAACUGCUCUUGGAUAUGUAGCUCAUGCCGUGUCUCUGAUUGCUUCUUAUUUGCAAGUCCCUCUGCGCUAUCCAUUACGCUUAGGAGGUUCUCGAUCAUUUAUACGUGACUAUUCCCCUUCAGUUGAACUUUCAGCUUCCAGUACGUCUCUUGAUACAGUAAUAUCCACAAGCUCAAAGCCCGUAGAAUUUCCUUUAUUCAUUGAAGGUCAAGACUCAACAAGGGCAGCUUACGCUGUAUUCCUGCUAAACAAGGAUUUAGAGCAACUCUUGAAUUUUAUCGGUGUUAAGAGCGUAGGACCUCGACAUAUAUUAGCAAAUCUAAAGGAGCUUACACUAACAGUUCUUUCCCCAGAGUACAUAGAUAUGUGAAAGUUUCUGUAAAUGGAUUGAUUACUUGUAUUCUAGAUUAGAAGGGUGCUGUUUUUGGCCGAGCACCUUAAAUUCUUGGUCUAUUUUCCAAAUCAGUGCCAAUUAUAUUUGAUGUUAACUUGCAUAGUUUGUAUUCAGCCUUUUCUUAUCUUAAAUUUUUUUUGUUUA